AUGAUACGACAGCUGCUGGCGGCAUUACUGGGAUUAGAAGGUCGUUACAUCAGUCGUAGUGGAGGGGUGGGCGAUCCUUUAGUGGUGGUGAAACAUUACGCAGUGGAUGAUGCGUUGCAAGCUCGAGUGGAUAGCUUGUUGUGUAUUGCGAAUGCAUUCAGCGAUAUUCAGCGAAUACAACAACGAAACAAAACCGAUUUGCUGGCGAAGGUUGGUGAUUGUUUACGACAAUUUCUUUAG